AGGCGGCUCCGAGGGGGCUGAGGAGAGAUCUCCGUUGCAGUCACUUUCAGCCAGCAAAACUGGACAGGAUUCCCCUGGGAACCCAUGAACUUCAUUGACAGAGCCUCACCAUGACAGAGGAGGCAUGCAGGACCCGGAGUCAGAAACGAGCACUCGAGCGGGACGUACCGCAUAACGAUGUGGACAGCAAAAAAAUAAAAAUGGAGAAAGGACUGUUGGGAGCAGACGUAAACGCUGAAGGCGACAUGAAGAUAAAAGCAGAUCCUGGAGCUGCAAAAGUGCAAGGAUUGUUAAAAGGUGGAGAAGUGAAAGCUACCAUUAAAGUGGAGGUUCAGACCGGAGAUGAACCUGUGGACAUGAGUACCUCAAAAAGUGAAAUAAAGAGAGAAAAGAGGGUACCCUCCCCAGAUGUUAUAGUGUUAUCAGACAAUGAACCUUCUAGCCCUAGAAUGAAUGGUUUAACAAAAAUAGCAUUAAAAGAGACCAACACGGAGGCGCUCAUGAAAAGCAGUCCAGAGGAGCGUGAGAGAAUGAUCAAACAACUAAAAGAAGAGUUACGGUUAGAAGAAGCAAAGCUUGUUUUAUUGAAAAAGUUGCGGCAAAGUCAAAUCCAGAAGGAGACCACUACUCAGAAGCCUGCUGGUUCCUCUGGGAGUGCUGUGGCCACCCCUCCGCCCUUGGUGCGGGGGACGCAGAGCGUUCCUGCGGGCAAGCCGGCCCUCCAGACCUCUUCUACGCGGAUACCAGGCACUGUUAUUCCUCCUCCGUUGGUCCGUGGUGGGCAGCAGACUUCCUCAAAGCUAGGAACUCAGCAGAACACGCAGAUAGUGAUGCCACCUCUUGUCAGGGGUGCACAGCAAAUCCACAACAUCCGACAGCACUCCAGCACAGGGCCGCCUCCGCUGCUGCUGGCACCGCGGGCAUCGGUCCCCAGUGUGCAAAUUCAGGGGCAGAGAAUUAUACAACAGGGUCUGAUCCGUGUCGCCAAUGUCCCCAAUACCAGCCUGCUUGUCAAUAUCCCACAGGCGUCGCCCACCUCACUAAAAGGUACGACGGUGACGGCGGCGCAGGCGAACGCCACCACGACGAGCGCCGCUGCCCUGGGGAACUCGAGCGAGUCGCCCGCGAGCCGGCAGGCGGCCGCCAAGCUCGCCUUGCGGAAGCAGCUGGAGAAGACGCUGCUCGAGAUUCCUCCUCCGAAGCCGCCCGCGCCGGAGAUGAACUUCCUGCCAAGUGCCGCUAAUAACGAAUUCAUCUACUUGGUUGGGUUGGAAGAGGUGGUGCAGAAUUUGCUGGAAACUCAAGGUAAAGCUUCCGUUGCCGCCUCGUGCCGCGAGCCCUACAUGUGCGCGCAGUGCAAGACCGACUUCACCUGCCGCUGGAGGGAGGAGAAGAACGGCACCAUCAUGUGCGAAACCUGCAUGACCUCCAACCAGAAAAAGGCCUUGAAAGCGGAGCACACGAACCGGCUGAAGGCUGCCUUUGUGAAAGCCCUGCAGCAGGAGCAGGAGAUCGAGCAGAGGAUACUGCAGCAGACGGCGUCGCCCGUGCAGAGCAAGGCGGAGCCCAUCGUGCAGCACCACUCGCUCAAGCAGACUUCUAGCCAGAUGUCUCGAGGUGCGGGAGCCCCGCGAGGAGUGUUGCAUGCGUUUAGCCAGUCACCCAAGUUGCAGAAUGCAUCGUCUGCAGCAGCACUUGGGAGCAGGCCAGGUAAGCAUGCUGAGAGACCUGUCAGCAAGGGCAGCGCUGCCACCUGGAAGAAGACUUCCAUCAAUACAGGUGGGGCUUUACCUUUUGUUAAUCCUAGUUUAGCUGUGCACAAGUCGUCUUCAGCAGUAGACCGCCAGCGCGAAUAUCUCCUGGAUAUGAUUCCCCCACGGUCCAUCCCACAGUCUGCCACGUGGAAAUAAUGCAGAGGAAUUCCCAAGAGGAAGACUUAGUCUCUUUCUGCCAUCCUUUUUAUACCACAUUACAGUGGAAUCUGCUUUAAUCCCAGCUGGAUACGCCCCAGGCUUCAUAGGAUGCAAGAAGACCACUCCUCAUCCCAUCGAGUGCUGCUGUCCCCGCUGUGAGCAAAUGACACCACGUGGGUGGGAAAGACUUGAGCUCAUUUGGUUAUGAGAUCCUUAUGAUUGAUUGAUGAUGAAGGCUGUCAGGGAAGGGGAAGAAUUCAUAAUUUUGGGGGCUUUAUGCAUUUAGUUUUUUUGUCACCAGCACAAAAGGAGGACUAAUGACUCUCUGCCUUCGGUUUCUUUAUUAAUAACUCCCCGUUCAGCGAGAGCGCGGCGUCCGCGCGCGCUCAGGCGUGCACGGCAGCUCCGGGAAAGAGGAAUCUCAGCCUGAUGCUGCAGAUGCGUUUAGCGAGCCGGAUUCAUGUCUGCUUCCCUUCCCGGCCCCUCCUCAACCCAGGGAGGCAGCCUCCAGAUUAUAAUGUCUCCAAAUCAUCUGAUGAUGAGCUAACGAUAAAUAAGUACAAACUCCAAUUCCAGUUGAGUCUGGUUUUUCUAAGGGACUGGCUGCCACCAAAACUUGUCUGGUAGGUGGGAGCCAGUGCAGGAGUCUCUCACUUUUGUUGGAUUCUGUUUUGAAUAGACUUUUGGAACUUUUUGGUAGUGCAAAAUCAAACUUACCGAAUAGACAACCACCUUUGUUCAGUCUUUCUAAUUCAGCGAAGAGCAGUUGGGCCUUUCAUAUGUUCCCGGAGACUUAAGAGUAAAACUUUUUCCUUUUUUGGGGGGCAGUUUUUGUUGUUGUUGCUGUUGUUGUUUUGAGAAAUCCUACUCAGAACCUAGGAAUUCCAGCAGCCGCGUGCGGUCGAAGGGGCGAGCGGAGGGAGCGGAGGCCUGGGAGGCUGCGCUCAGGUAACGGGUUCUUUGCCCUGUCCCCGUGUCCCGCCGAGCAGCGGCUCGCGGUGGCUCUGCCACCACCUGCUGGGCUGGUUUCGGGCACCUCGAUCCCUCUGAAAUUCCGUUCUUCCAAGCGUUCCACGCAUGCUCCUCUGCCCCGUCCCUUCCACGCUUCAGUUUGGAUAGAGCUUUAGGCAGCCCUGCUUUAAGGACAGGUUUCUCUGUGGGUUUAAUAUAUUUGGGGGAUUSCGCAGGUUUAAAUCCCAAGUUGAUCAGGUCCAGUUUUUCUUCUCGUCGUCUUCUCUCCUUUUUCCCUGUUGCUUCUCCCCAAUUAAAGUUGAAUUCAAGUGGCAGAAAUACAUGCCUUACUACUUAGGUUGCAUAUCAGUGCUAGAAGUAGUGCUGAUAAGAAUUAUUUGCAAAGGAAGAAAUAUAUAUAUAUCUAUAUAUCUAUAUAUAAAAGAAAAGGGGGGAGGGGUUACUAUUCAGUCUAUGCUGAAUCUAUUUUCUUAGCAAUUGCAAUUAGAUCUCACUUUAAAUCAGUUACCGUAUAGGGUCAUCCCUCUUAAGAUCUAACUAUUGCAUAGUGGAAAAAGAAAACUCACGUUCGUUUUAGCCCCUAUUCUGUUGUGUGAAUUUCAGUAUUUAGAUGCUCUUGAAAACUGUUGGGUAGUCUAGAAAAACUAGUUUUGCAAAAUGGUGUUUGUUGCUGUAUAAAGCCCUAGAAUUUCAAUUUGA